AUGGAAGAGCGUUUUGCAGAGGCAGCCAAAUUUUUCCUUUUGCCUAUACUAGCUCUCAAAUUUUUCAGUCUCCUUCAAACUAUCAGAACGCUGGCAUCUAGCAUCAACGGGGUUAUUUCAAGAGUUCUGGCUGGUACCAUCUGGACUGCCAUCACAGCCGUGUUCAACUAUGCAAAUGGGAAGGAUUGCAGUAACCCAUGGAAUGCCUUUGUUUAA